AUGAGGUGGACGCGUCUACUACUGGGAGCAGUCGCCGCGCUUCUUCUCCCCCAUGGGGGAUUCGCGAUACCCGCUCCAGGAGGUGGCGGAAGCGUGUCGCGUGGAGUGAGUAGUCACUGUGACCGAGACUGCAUGACGGUCAUCGUCGACGGGAUCUUGAAUUCUCUCGUGGCCCAUGACCCGUAUUCUCUUCCAUUGGCACAAAUCUAUCGAGCAACUGAAAACUCGCAUCCUGCUGCUCUGCACAUGAUGACCCUGUGGCGUACCGUUACACGAGCAGAUGGACCGAACCUUUUGGCAAUCGAUACCAAGAACGGCUCCGCAUACUUUGCCUUGGAUAUAAGCGAGGGGAGUGACGAAAGACAGUCCGUUCUCUGGGCCCGGAUAAAGGUUUCCAACAGGGAGAUUACAGAGUUAGAGUUAUACGUGAAUCGCAAUCGUGGUGAUCAUGGCUUCUCUUUCUCACCCAAGGAGCUACCGAAGAACUACUUGCGAUGGAUGAAUCCUCCAUCUGAUAGGACGAAGGCAAGCAGGACACAACUGGAAAGCCUCGGUGCAGCGAUUUUCAAUACAAACAGUACUUUCUCAGUAACAGUGGCUUCUGACUGCCAGUUCACUGAAGAGGGUUGGACUGUAAUUGACCCUGGCCCAGACCGAAAUGAAUCCUACGCGCCGGUUGCGUGUAGCUGGACUAAUACUCGCCCCACGGACUCGAAGGCACGAACCAAUCUUGUCAUUGACGAAGAGUUCGGUAUAGUUGUUACCGGUGCCGUCAUUCCAGGCAAAGUUUAUCCGUAUGGCAACAUCUCGGCCUUCAUCCCGAAUCAUAUGACAUCAGCACAGGAGUUGCAGCAGGAGUGGUUUGAAGUUAAAAAAUCUGAGGGAGCUCAACUUCUUUUGAAUCCUACAUCGGCGAGUGGUGAAACUCUUCAAGUUCUACAGUACUAUAACAACUCACUCCAAGGUCAGCAGGUCAUGCUUUACCUGAGUGGUCCGGAUAUGGAGUCCGCCUGGGUGCAGUAG